CUAUAAAACAGCUCGUGAAAUCGAAAGAUUAUAGUUCCAUAUCAGCGGUUGCUCGGAUCUUACCUUUGUAACAACAUUCACUUUAUUAGUGCUAACUCCUAAUGCAAAUGUUAUGGAUUCAAAUAUCACUCACCUAGUCAUUGGUAUGAUAAGCAAGAAGUAAAAGAAAACUGGUAAUUGUUAACAAUACCACUCGUGGGCAGGCAGGAGGGGCAGAUGGAUGUAAAACCUCCAACAUAAGUCAACCAUAAAUGUGGAUGCUUGUUUUUCUCUAACAAGGUCCAUUCAAUUUGAGGAACAACACAUUUAUUAAAUACAUGUUUUGGCCUUGUUGUCCCUUGUAGAGGCACUCUUGGUUGGGCUAUAGUUCUUCUUUUUGUUGCAAAUUUGGUAAGGUAAAAUGAAUCUGCCUUCAAUUUUUUUGCCAUAGAAUUCACCAUCCCAACCACCUCGCUGCCAUCAACUUUUAGACAAUUGAUUUAUCUUACUAAUCUACUUUUUUUUUAUAACAUUAACCUACCGUUUAACUUGCCUUGUCUGUCGGUCCACCAAAAAAGAAAAAAUGUAUCACUUCUUAUCAUCAUUGUUAUGUGUCGGAAAAAAAGACGUUUUAGAUGUCAGUUUCUUUCCGUCUUAAUCGGAAAAGAAAUUCUUCAAUGCUCUCCAAGUACCACAUCACUUUGCAUAUAUGUCUCUCGAAUCGACCACGUACCAAUUACUGGACUAAAUUAGUUAAUAUCAUAUUAUUUCUAUUUUGUCUCAGAGAUACUUCUCCAUCAGUUUCCUUAUCAAGAUGUUUACCCAUUUCACUUUAGAGAUAUGAAAUCUCUAAGCAUAAAAUUUAAGAUAAAAAAGUAACAAAACGUUUUGCUGUGGCAAUGCUGGAAUUCGGUGAGAUUGUGAAGGGCUCGCAUGGAAUAAUGAUAAACCUGGGGAAAACAGAACAAGAUAAGCCCCGGCCCACGGGCUGCCUGCCUUUCUCGAGAGGAAGAGAUGGUGGUUUCUGUUACUCAGUGAUACCAAAGCAGCUUGUGUUAGAAGCUCUGCUCUUCAAUGGAGCUCACCCUUGCUCUUCAAUGGAGCUCACCCUUACACAUUUAUCAUCAUUUCCCGCCUUAACCAGAACAAGUAGGGAUUCCAUGUCCAGAGUUUGGAAUGCACAAGGUUUCCCCUCUGGUUACUCCUCAAUUGACAUGACUAUACAGAAUCUGAAGAGCAGAAGGCCAUCCAUAGUGCCCUGUGCUCUCGUGGAAACCGCUGCUUCUGUGGCAGUUGCUGCUGCUGUUGUAGGUGCAGCAGCUACCCUGCUUGUCAAUAGAAAUAAAGCCGCCUCUGAAGCAAAUGAGAUUCCAUUGAUAACAUGUGAAGAUUGUGGUGGUUCUGGGAUAUGUCCUGAAUGCAAAUGUGAAGGCUUUGUGCUGAAGAGACUGUCGGAUGAAAGUGCCGAUAAAGCAAGAAAGAGUGCCAAGAACAUGGCCACUCGGUAUACUGCAGGGCUUCCAAAGAAAUGGAGCUAUUGCACCAAGUGCUCUUCUUCCCGAUCCUGCACCACCUGUGAAGGCCGUGGCAAAUUGAGCUACUAGCGUUUGUUCCUUCUGUUCGUCCAUAAUUAAGCAUGUGUACAAAAUGAGCUACCAGUUAUUGUAUCUUGUUGUGGAAAACAUAUCAAGAUAGUUUCUUACUCGUAAUGAAAAUUUUCUGUCUCGGUUACCAAAAUAUUUGAGUGGUUGCCCGAGCUUAACUGAGCCAACUCAAAUAUAAAAGAGGAAAUUGAUUGAACUCGAGUAUGUUGAUGUCGCUUACACCUUUGGUUGCCCAACUUGUUGAAAUCAUUGUGUGUGUCGAUCUCACUUUUAACUUUUAUCAAAGGAGGAGAUUUUGCUUAAAUGGAUCAAAGUGGCCGCUAAAUCGUUGAAACAUGUCCAUUAUCCUUCUCACCACCAUGAUCAACUCUCUAUCAUACCAUGUGUAGACACCACAUUUUGUCCGGGACAAUCACUCUACCUUAGACUCAAAUACGAUAAAUUAAAUAGGAUGCUUGGAAAGAAUUGAUUGAGAUUGCAGUCGCAAGUCAAUAAGUAUGAAUAGACAAUGAUUUCUAAGUUCGCUUUCAUUUACUUAUAAUAUCAAUUUGGUCGAGACUAGCAGUGGCGAGUCAAUAAGGACCAAUUAUUACCAAGUUCGCUCCUAUUUGAUCAUAGAAUUGUUUUAUUUAGGAUUGUUUUAUUUGAGAUGGACUGCAACAAUUGCUCUUAGUUUCUCUUUAGAAUGAUUUAAGGGUUUGACGUUGGAUUUAAUGGGUAGAAUUAUAAAGGUUUGUCAUUUUGGAUUUAACAAGGUAAGGUUUGGUCGAGGUCAUAGUUUGGUUUGGUUAAUAAUUGAUAAAGCAGAAUUAAAUUGAAUAGGUACAACAUGCGAGCUUUAUUAACAAAAUGUUACAUCGUACAUUGAUGAAAUAAAAAAUAAUAACCAAUAUUAAAUGGGCUCUUACACACAAUGUCUCAAAGACACAAAAAUAAAACAAAAUAGAAAUGGCCCCUAAUCAAAUGAAAACCCAAUCAGGUAUUGUCGCCCAUCAGUUAGAGACCCGGUUCAGCAACCUGCAAAAUGGAAGGAAUUAGAAUCAGAUCCUAAUCAAAACCCAACUCAGACCAUUAAUUUUCAUUUUUCACCCAUCCUUGAUCGACACAUCCCAAGAGGCAGCAGCCUUUUACCAUAAUCCCUAAGAAGAUAAGUUCCUUCACCUUAUCCAUAUCAUAUCCCAAGAGGCAGCAGCCUUCUACCACCGUCCUAGAGAAGUAGGGGAGGCCACCUCUUCAAAAGAACCACUCAGAAGUCAACAUGCAGCAGCCUGCAACAAAAGAAAGCGGUUAAAAUAUAACAAACUCAGUUAAAAUAUAACCAAACUCAGGGACAGCAGAAUUGGCAGCUGCAUCUUCAAAAUGUGGCAGGCAGCCACCUCCCUUGGAAACCAACCGAAAACUGCCACCAAUCCUAAAUGAACAGUAAAAUACAGAUAUAAAUAGAAGCUUUACCACAAAAUGAAGAAGGGGAGGGACUUUUUGGAAAGGAGAUAGGGAGAGUGAUAAGGGAGACCCGUUAUCAGAAUAAAGCGAAGAGAAACACAGAAAAUUAGAAAAACAAGAGCAGUUGAUGCUCAAGAACAAAAGCAGAAACAAUAAGUAGCAAAGCAGGAGGCAGGCAGGCGAAAGAAAACAUGGAUAGAAGCAGAGCAAGCGACCAAGAUCAAUCACAAAGAAGCAGUCCUUCAUAAGUCCAGGUUGGUACUUCUUUCAUAGUAAUAAACACAUCGGCAGAAAUCACUUCAAUCAAAAGAAAUGAGAAAAGCUGUAACUUAAGAUCAUUUUACGUCACAAGCUAUGUCUACCAUGUUUACAUCUAUAUUGAACAUCAGCAUAAUUAUUAGAAUAUCAUAUCAGAAUCACCUACAUAUUUAAUAGAUUGAAUAUCAUAUAUGAACCAUCAGCAUAGUUGUUAAAAUCUUGCCCAUCUCGACUAUAGUAUAAGAUUUAACAGACUUGAUAGAUCCAAAUAUGCUAUGUUUAUCUUUGGAGUAGCCUGAUCAAAACUACUUCCUAACUAGCAACGGGAAAAUCAGAUCCAACCAUCUAUAUAUUUAGUUAUUAACCCGUUAUUAGAUCUGUCUUGGUUAUGCUCUCUAAUGGAAGCAUGUAGAUUGAUAUGUUUCCUUCCACGAUCAUGUUUUCAUUCAACACAUGUUUGCUUAUGAUGUUGUGAUAAUCUAUGGUGCAAGUUAUUAAGCAUAGGUAAGUUUAUCUAGAUCUAACAUAGUCAAACACCCCUUUUGAGAAAACCAUUGCCGCGCCAAAAACCAGUACUCAAGCGUUUACCCCUAGAUCCGAUCCCAAACAUAGAAUAGAAUUUCAAUUUUGUUAAUCCAAAGUCAUGAGCAGUAGCUGUGACUUUAAUUGAUCAGAAUUUGAAAAAGCCUCAAAGUCGUUUUUUUUAAUACUAAAGAAAACAUUUAAUCUAUUUCUGGAUCGUAGCAGAAUUGUAGAACUUAAGAAAACAAAUGAUUCUCGCUAGAGUAUUCAAGAACUUCGUUAGAUAAUCCCCACUAGAAGUUUAAACCCAAUCGAGUAACAAGAAUAGGCUAACCUAUGUCUCCUCUUUUGACCGGCGUUACCCCUACUGUCGGUAAAUUCCGAGCCUUCCUUCACCGCCGAAGACCACUGCCAAAUCCAAAAAAAAAAAAAUCAAAAGCACAGGAAAUAUCGAGCCUAGGUCUAAUAAAAAAAACAAAUUGCAUAGAUCUAUUCCUUCCCGUCGCCAGACUGUCGGGUCUCCUUCGCCGCCCAUCUUCCCCCUCGAUCAAACACCAGAGAGAACCCAAAAAACCAAAACGGAAGGUUAGAAUCCUAGAAUAGCUCUUAAACCGAAAUCGAUAAAAAGAUAACAUGCAAGGGUAGAAGUCGCUUACCGCCGACGUGAGGAACUUCCGGAUCAUCUUCGUUUUGGGUCUACAAAGGGGUUGCUGCUUGUCGUCGCUUUCCCGGGCUUCGCUCGAGUUUCAUCAGAAGGAGAGGCUAGGUAGGGUAGGCAGAUCGAGGAAUAGAAGAAGAGAAGUCGUCCUUUCCAUCUCCCUCGUCGAUUUCGAAAGAAAAGGAUAGGAUUCUUCGAUUUUUGACGGGUUUUCGUUUCUGGGCGAGAGAGGAGAGAACGAGAGGUUGAGGGCGGCCGAUUUAGGUGUCUACAGUUGCCCCCCUUUGUAUAUCUCUUUGUAUAAAGAGUUAUACAAAGUUUCUAUGAAAGACACCAUUUUUCAUAAGUAACUUUGGCGAUGGUUGGGUCGGAGAUUCCAAAAUAAGUGAUCUUAGAGUGGAGGAAGACCUGAGUUGUGUAUGUGUGUGAUGUCGAAACAUAGAAUUUGUAGUUCUUCGUAAUAUGAAAGGUAACUGCUAUAUUUUUCGAAUACUUGUCAGUGUUAGUGUCGUGUUUUUUAGGCGCUCGCAAGCACCGAUGCAUUUUUCAAACGCUCAUCAGCGUUGGUGUCAUGUUUUUCGGGCGCUCGCCAGCACCAAUGUAUUUUUCAAACGCUCAUCAGCGUUGGUGUCGUAUUUUUCGGGCGCUCGCCAGCACCAAUGUAUUUUUCAAACGCUCAUCAGCGUUGGUGUCGUAUUUUUCGGGCGCUCGCCAGCACCAAUGUAUUUUUUAAACGCUCAUCAGCGUUGGUGUCGUAUUUUUCGGGCGCUCGCCAGCACCAAUGUAUUUUUCAAACGCUCAUCAGCGUUGGUGUCGUAUUUUUCGGGCGCUCGCCAGCACCAAUGUAUUUUUCGAACGCUCAUCAGCGUUGGUGUCGUAUUUUUCGGGCGCUCGCCAGCACCAAUGUAUCUUUCGAACGCUCAUCAGCGUUGGUGUCGUAUUUUUCGGGCGCUCGCCAGCACCAAUGUAUUUUUUUGAACGCUCAUCAGCGUUGGUGUCGUAUUUUUCGGGCGCUCUCCAGCACCAAUGUAUUUUUCGAACGCUCAUCAGCGUUGGUGUCGUAUUUUUCGGGCGCUCGCCAGCACCAAUGUAUUUUUCGAACGCUCAUCAGCGUUGGUGUCGUAUUUUUCGGGCGCUCGCCAGCACCAAUGUAUUUUUCGAACUCUCAUCAGCGUUGGUGUCGUAUUUUUCGGGCGCUCGCCAGCACCAAUGUAUUUUUCGAACGCUCAUCAGCGUUGGUGUCGUAUUUUUCGGGCGCUCGCCAGCACCAAUGUAUUUUUCGAACGCUCAUCAGCGUUGGUGUCGUAUUUUUCGGGCGCUCGCCAGCACCAAUGUAUUUUUUGUUAUGGUAUCUGUUUAGGACAAACCUAAACGGAUGUUAUGCAUUGCCAUAAUGGUAUGUGAAAUGCACUUGGUAGACUUGAAGAAAUUUUGUGUAUGUAAUUAUUGUAUGUAGUACGAUUUGACAGGCAUUUGAAAUCUAGUUAAAUGUAUGAGUUUUUGGGAAUUGUAGUUAAUGAAUGCAUGAUGCAUUUUAAUAUGUGGUGUUAUCUUUUAAGGAGUUUCAAAAUGAUUUUGAGAAUGAUUGUGUGAUGUGUCAUGCUAAUGAAGUCAUGAAUACUUUGUAAAAAAAAUAAAUAAAUAAAAAAAAAAAACAAAAAAUGAUAUGAUGCAUUUGGCAACUGUUAUGAGAAUAUGUCGUUUUGUUUGGUUUUUGUUUUGCGUUUUAACCCGGGGUUACUUUAAAUUGCUCAUCCUCCAGGAAUCGUCAUUUCCUUUUGAUCGACUUAAUCUUUGGUUCUCCUUAUGUCGGAGAGACUUUCAGCUUGCUUUCUUGAAGCUUAUCUUCGUGGUGGUAUUGUAUGAGGGUAUACUGAUGGUGUAUAUUGCUUCAUUCUUCUUGUCGGUUACGCUUGGACCCACAUGUUUUACAGUUGUGUAUCUCUUGGUAUGUGCGGUAUGUUGGUAUCUCCUCCUUUGGGUCAUGAAGUUGAAAGAUAGUAGGUUUGCUGGUUGGUUGAAUGCUCUCUAAUUCCUUGAGAUUUCUUCAUCAACUCAUGAGUGAAAAGUUGAUUUCCGAUUCUUGGGUACUCAGACUUCCCCUUCUUCCAUGCUGCGCCAUUUUUGCCCCCGACGAUCCGUUACUCACUUUCUAUUCUCCGGAACAAAGAGUGACUAUAUCAAUCUUGACUUAAGACGAAAGCAAAAAUGUUUGAAAAACGUUUAUUAGAGAAUCAAAAUUGAAAGCCAUGUCAAGACUUUGGUUUCGAGAAGUGUGUGCAAACUCGAGAAAACCGUUUUUGUGUGGUAGUUGUCAUAUUGCCAAAUUUGGUUUUCUAAGAGAAAUAUAAGCCAGGCCAUGAGAAUAUCAGUAAGCCCUCGCUCUCACUCUUGCUUUCGAUUUUGGUUGCUCUCACUCCUGCUUUGGAUUUCACUCAUCACUCAUUCCUAUAGGUGAUUUGAGUGUACGACACUUCAGCUACCAUUAAGAUUCUGGUCGCCUUGAGACGUCGCCUAUAUGUUGUAACCAACUGUGUUCCUUGUGAAGAUUUAACUCAAAUAUGGAACCCCUUGGCAUGAAUGAUUUAGGAGGCCUCCAUAUGGCUUCGUCGCAGACAUUUUUAGUCUCCCAUGAAAGAGGCUUUUGUCCGAUAUGACCUCGAGGAUACGAAUCUCCUUGUUCUUGAAAUGUAGUUUAUUCAGAUGGGUAACGAAUGUAUGAAAUCUUGACAUUAUCGCUAUAAAGCCUCUCGAAGAUGGACUUUUGCUUUGCCCCCAAAGUAUGGGAUUGACUUGAUGGAUUAAGAACCACUUAUUAUCUGGAUCAUUUUGCUGACAAAGUCUUGUUCGAAAAUACUGGUGGAUUUUCUCAGAAUGUAUCUUCAACUGGAUUUGCCCCCCAGUAUUUUUCACUAGCCGAGGCUGUGAUUUUCGUGAAUGCAAUCUGGCUUGGGACUUGUCGAGGUCCUUGUUUGGCCUCUAAAUGUUGAAUGUUGUGGAUUUUCAGCUUCUGGCUUUCUCUCAAAAUGAUGAGUACUUUGGAUGAUGGGUUUUGGCUAGAACGACUUUCUUAUCAUCACAGUUUACCGUUUGAAGGUCCUUCUUGCCGUAUCUUGAGAUUGAUCUGCUAAGACCCUGACUUGGUGCAGGUAUUUGGUACUUCAAAUGCUAAACCGGGGGCACCCAGAUUGUAAGUCCCACGACAUUUCGUUUGUUCUUCUUUUGUCUUUUUUUGCUUUGCUUUGCUUUUGUUUUGUUGUUUUUCUUUUUGCUUCUCGCUUUUUUUUUUUUUUUUUUUUUUGCGUGUGGGACUUACUUGACUCUGUCAUGCCCCCGACUAUGCUUUUUCUUUCUUAAUCUGGAGCUUGUCUUUGGUGGGACGAGUAUUGAAAGGAUCGAGAGUCCACUUUGAUGAUUGAUUGUGUGGGUGUCACUUCUCGUGAGCUAGGUUGAAUUGGCUAUUCGUUUUGUAGAAGUGAGGAUUUUGAUACCAUGCGCUUGUUUGUAUAGAUGAGUGCUUCACUCGUGUGAUUCUUGGGUUUUGAUAAAUGGGAUCCCUGAACUUCCUGGUCUUCUUGUCACUAGACACUUGUGAGGGUUUUCUUGGUAUGAUGCUAAUGUUUUGGCUCCCUAUGCAUCGGGAUUGACCAUUUGACUUCUUGUAAACUGAAUGUCAAUCCGUUGGCGAAAUUCGACUAUAGUGGUGUCGAGAUUCUACAAGUAGCAUGAUGUCGUAUACUCAUUACACCUUUUUCCUAUUAGCUCACAUAAUUUAUGGACACCAGUAGGGUGUUUAUCCCUUGAUUUUAGCGAAACACGUACACUCUCAACGCAGUGGGUGCUCAAAAUAUUGACAAUAGCUGGGUGUUUAUAAUCACUAAACACCAGUGGGGUGUCCCAAAUCUCAGCACUAAUGGGGUGCUCACAUUUUCUUUGCAUGAAAAUCUCAUGGCUUAGCUUGAAAAUAAAACUGGAUUUUGAUGGCUUUCAUUAUUGAGAAAAUAAAUCCAUUUUUAAAAAGAAUCCGAAGUGGCAUUUGUUAUUUUGAUAAAAAAAACGUUGAUGCGAAAUCUUAAAUUAAGAUCGAUAUUGUUCACACGAUGCUCCAAAGAGGUCAAAACGUGAAAGACCUUUUAUUCAUGACGAUGAAAGCAAAAGUGGUACAUAUUUUGUUAUGGCAAUAAUCUCGAUAGUUCAUUUAUUAGACUGGAUCAACAUCGUCCUUGAAUCGAGCUUUGCCUUGUAGUUCAUCCACUAAUUCUCAUGAGUUGGCAGUGGAUUCUUGUUGACGCCUGGACGUUUUGGCUCUUCUUCGAACUUCAACCAACCAGCAUUCAUUACUUGUUGGACCUUGAUCUUGAGCGAUCUACAAUUAUCCGUUGAGUGUCCCGCGACUCCUGAGUGGUAAGCACAGUGUUGCUCCGACUUGUACCAAUUUGGAUAAGGAGGUUUCAUAGGCUCACAUGGUAUAGGGGCAAUUAAGUGAUUUUGGCGCAAUUGGGGAAAUAGCUCGGUAUAUGUGAUGGGGAUAGGAUCAAUAUGAACUUGUUUUCCAUAUCUUUUGAAACUAUUUUGAUCUUGGUCAUUUGUUGGUGGGGGCGUGGGUAGCGGAGAUUUGAUUUCUAGUUGUGGGCUGAUUAUGCUAUGAGGUUUCAUCGAUGUAGUAGUUGCAAAAGAUGCACAAGCUUCAUUCUUUUGAAAGUGGUGCUUCGAAGUUUUGCCUUUUGCUUCACCUUGAGUUGAUUGCAAUUCACAUUUAUUUCUUUUGCUUUGGAUUGCCCUCUCAACCGCCUCAUGAUUAUCUGACUUUCCUUGUCCAAUGUCGAUCAUAGACUCUUCAAGCCUUUCCGAUCUUCGCGUAUUAUCACAUUUUGAUUGUUCUGCAUUAUGCACAUUCUUUGAGAGCAGGAAUUGAGUUUUAUCACUUGAUGUUACUUUGUCGUGUGGUUGGUAUAAAAUUUCUUCGUCGAAUGGCGCAUCUCCACUUUUCGCUUCCAUUGUCCUCUCAAUUUUUGACAAAAUCCUCAAAAUUGUGCUAACAUCCUCUUUCAUUUCUUCAAGCCCAAUUACUCUUCUCUUGAUGUCAUUUAAAUCCUUCUGAAAUGCUUCCAUGAUGACCUGAGCCUUGGAUCAUGUAGAGUACUAAGGAUUUGACUUUUUCCUUGUGGAAGAGCAAUUUUAAGAAAACCUGGACCGUCUU